CAAGUGUAAUAAGGUCAUGUACUUGCAUAAUUCGUUUUGCAUAUUUCACUUGCGGCAAUGGAGAACGGAUUUCGAACACACGGGUGCAAAGCAGAGAACGGUAAAGCGGAGAACGGCUAUACGGAAAAUGGUAUCGAUGAACAUUUGGUGAGCGGAAAGUGUAUGAGCAAGAAGCUAACCUUUCAUGGCCUGCAAAACAGACGAGUUUCAGUCCUGGAAGAUGUUGCAGAAAACUUAAGCAAAGAGGGUGACGCCAAACAUGUAAUUGCAUCUCUUCUAACAAACGAGAGUGUCAAGUCAUUGCUUAUGGAAGUAGCUAACCUCGAUGUCUUUGCUCCAAGUUUCCUUGAAGAGUUUAAGGAAAGCAUUCUGACCCUGUGUGCUCUCAAACAACUGAAGUACUUUUUUACAAUUCCCCUUUGCCAGUUGGUCACCGCAUUGGCUGAUCUGAACUGCUGCUCUGGUUCUUCCGCUUGGGACCGAAUCAAAAGCUUAGUAAUUCAAUCAGAAUAUUCAAGAGUAAAGACCUGUGUGUUUCUCGUCCGAGAAGGCCUUACUGGAGCGUACAAUUCAUUUGCAACAAGGGUCGAAGCAACCGAUCCUCAUGCUGUCUACCCCACCAACACAUAUCGCUACAGUGAUGGGUUUACUGUCUCUAACGACGAUUUCUCUGCCUUUGAAAGCACAAUGACGCUGCACUUGACAACAACAACCCAAGUCCGAAAGGGCGUCCUACAACCGAGCGACGACACUCUGGCUCGAAUUUACAGACCUCUGGGAAGGUGUGUUGCCAUUGUAGAUGACAAGGUAGCAGCAAUAUACGGAGAAACGCUGGCGAAGUAUUUCAGCCAGCACGCCAUCGACUUUAAAGCAUUGAUCUACAAAGGAGAUGAAGUUGACAAGGAAAUUGAAAAUGUUGAAAGGAUACUUGUGGAUUUAAAGAAGCACGGUGUGUCGCGAAACGAACCAGUUUUGAUUGCAGGUGGAGGUGUGAUAUCGGAUAUUGGGGGCUUUGCGUGUGCUUUGUAUCACAGAUCAACGCCUUAUGUCAUGCUAUGCACAUCUCUGGUGAGUGGAAUCGAUGCAGGACCCUCUCCUAGGACAUGCUGUGACGGGUUUGGGUUCAAGAACCUCUACGGGGCAUAUCAUCCACCUAUUCUCACCAUCACUGAUCGUUUCUUUUUCAAGUCACUGGACCAAGGGUGGUUACGUCAUGGAAUAGCUGAAAUCAUGAAAAUGGGCAUUGUCAAAGACAAAGAGCUUUUCGAGUUGCUGGAAAAAGCUGGACCGAGGUUGAUACGGACCAAAUUUGGGACUGAAAUGGAGUCAAAAGAUCCUGAUUUUGAAGCCCUUUGUGAUCUUAUCAUUGGCCGGGCACUGAAGUCCUACAUCGAAGCCGAGUAUGGAAAUCUUUGGGAGACACAUCAAUGCCGUCCACACGCAUACGGCCACACCUGGUCACCCGGCUAUGAACUGUAUGCGGGCAUGCUGCACGGCCAUGCAGUUUCUUCAGGCAUGGGUUUCGGCGCCUACCUUGCUUACAUGGAAGACUGGAUCACUAAAGAUGAUCUUGAGCGCAUCAUGUCACUUAUUUCAACGAUGGAGUUAACUCUUUGGCAUCCUACAAUGGAUGAGGUUGAUAUUGUCUGGUCCUCUCAGGUCAAAAUGGUACAAAAACGUGGAGGUAAUCUGUGUGCUCCAAUACCAAAGGGCGACAUAGGCCGUUGUGGUUACUUGAAUGACUUGUCUUAUGAAGGAUUGCAGUUAAAACUUGCCAGUUACAAGUCAUUGUGCCAUUCAUAUCCACGGAAAGGCCAUGGGGUAGACAUGCAUUGUGAAGAUGUUGGGUUGCAGAAUCCAGCGACAACUGCGCAGCAUUAUAUCAGGCUAGAGCAAAAAUCAAAGACUGAGGCCGCUCCAAAGAUGUCCUAUGCAGAAUGGAUCAAGGAAGUUCAAACGACUCGAAACAGUGAAUGGAAAUUCAAUGUAAUGUUCGAAGAGGCUGCAAACACGGAAGCUCCUCCAAAAUUUGACCAUGUUACUUUGUUCCAUCCUGGAGUGGAACAAUAUGCAAUGUCAGUGACAUCUUUGCCGUCGGAAGAUAUUAAGACAGUUGCAAAGGCAACAACAACUGCAUCAUUAUUUGCACCAUGCAUGGUUGGAACACUAGAAUCGCAGUUUCUAAAAAUGCAAGUUGCAAUAGCAAAAGCUAAAAACGUUUUGGACAUUGGGACCUUUACAGGUAUGUCUGCGAUGUCAAUGGCUGAAGGGAUCCUGUUCGAUGAUGGAAAAGUGGUCACGUUGGAAAAUGAUGAAACGUACGCAGAUGUAGCAGAAGAGUGCUUCCGGAGGUCUAAAAUUGGGCACAAGAUACAGCUACUUAGAGGAAAUGCUGUUGAUAGCAUGAAGAGGCUUUUGGAGUCUGGUGAGAAGUUUGACGUCAUAUUCAUUGAUGCAGAUAAGGAAAAUUAUAUAAAGUAUUAUGAUCUAGCCAUGUCUGGGCUCCUCAGCGAAACGGGCUUCAUAAUGGCCGACAAUGCCUUGUGUGCAUUGCUUUACGAUGCUGAUGACGAAAGAAGCCAAAAAUUGCACGAGUUUAACCAGCAUGUAAAGAGCGAUAAGAGGGUGGAACAGACUGUUCUUACAUUGCGAGAGGGAGUUUCUAUUAUAAUGCCGAUCAAGAAGAAUUAGGAAAUUUUUUACACUUUCAUCUAUAGUUAUGGUUUAACAAUUUUCAUGAUUGGUUAAUCACUGUCACUCAAUGUCAAUUUUCCUCUUAAUGAUAGAAUUGUCAUUUUGCACUGUCUG